AAACCCGAGUGACCAUUAGAGCGGCGGGUUAGUCCGUCGGCAGCCUCCAUGCCUGCCAACAACUGAGCUCCGUCCGGGGGGCAGCUCCUCUUCCCCAGCGCCGACGUGGAUUUACCGCCCGUGGGGGGGGGCUGAGCUUCUCGGCUGCUUUUUUUUUUUUUUUUUUUUUUUUUUUCGGCACCGCACACCUGGGUUGGAGGCUGGACGCCAUGUUGUGGAAACUAGCAGAUAAUGUCAAGUAUGAAGAGGAUUGCGAGGACCGCCACGAUGGCAGCAGCAACGGCAACCCGCGGCUCCCGCACCUCUCGGCGGUCAGCCAGCACCUGUACAGCCCGGCCCCGCCGCUCUCCCACUCGGGAGCCUCCGAUUUCCAGCCCCCCUACUUCCCCCCACCCUACCAGCCUCUGCCUUACUCGCAGUCCAGCGACCCCUACUCCCACCUCGGGGACCCUUUUUCCAUCAACCCCCUGCACCAGCCGCCGCCGCCGCCCCCCAGCCAGCAGCAGGGCGCUUGGCCCCCCCGGCAGGGCCAGGAGCCGGCCGGCCUCGCCCCCCACGGUCGCCCCGGCCUCGUCCCGCACCUCUCGGCCCUGGAGAGCGGCUCGGCCGGGGGCCGUCGAGAAACCUACCGCCGCUCCGAGCUGCUGCUGCCCCACGGCCACGGCCUCGACGCCUCCGCCCUGGCCGACAACCUGGGCCUCCACGACAUGGCCCAUCAGAUGGAGGAGGUGCAGAACGUGGAGGACCAACACUUGUUAAUGCAUGACCAGACGGUCAUUAGGAAAGGUCCCAUUUCCUUAACGAAAAACAGUGCUCUGAGUCUCCCCUGCCAAAAGGAUGGAUUAAUCGGAAUGGUCAUAAACCCCAACGAAGUGUUCUGUUCGGUUCCGGGGAGGCUCUCCCUCCUCAGCUCCACGUCCAAAUACAAAGUGACAGUAGCAGAGGUUCAGAGACGGCUCUCGCCCCCGGAGUGUCUCAACGCCUCUCUGCUAGGAGGAGUGCUCAGAAGAGCCAAAUCUAAAAAUGGUGGCAGAUCAUUAAGGGAAAAACUGGAUAAAAUUGGCUUGAACCUUCCAGCUGGUAGAAGGAAAGCUGCAAAUGUGACACUAUUGACAUCUUUGGUGGAAGGUGAAGCUGUACAUCUUGCCCGUGACUUCGGUUAUGUAUGCGAGACAGAGUUUCCUUCCAAAGCAGUGGCCGAAUAUUUAACUAGACCACACAUGGGCCGCAACGAAAUGGCGAACAGGAAGAAUAUGCUUCUUGCUGCAAAGCAGAUUUGUAAGGAAUUCACAGACCUCCUCACUCAGGACAGAACUCCUCUUGGAAACACGAGACCUAGUCCCAUCUUGGACCCUGGCAUCCAGGGCUGUUUGACUCAUUUUAGCCUGAUCACACAUGGCUUUGGGAGUGCUGCCAUCUGUGCUGCCAUGACGUCCGUCCAGAACUACCUAAAUGAAGCAUUAAAAAUAGCAGACAAAACAUACAUGAACGCUGGCGACCAGAGCCCUGCAGAAACCAACAAAACCAUCGAUAAAAUGGAUAAGCACAGGAAAUAAAAGGAGAGAAACCAGACUUUAAACUCUUCCUCCUUAACACAGACUGGGAUCUUCUUGCCGGGGGAACGUAGAAAUUUGGGUACUUUUUUUUUUUUUUUAAUAAGAAAGGGAAAACGAGGAAAAAAAAUCAUCUUAUUCAGGAUCUUCACUCCUCCUGGAUCCAUGAGACAAGUCUUUCUAAAAGCUGCAGUAUCCCUUAUCUGUGGAAGCAAUUACCAGAAGAUAAGUACUUGGUACAGGUGUAUUGACAUCCUUUGCUGUAAAAGUGGUGCUAUAAGGGUUUGGAUGGAAAUAUGCAAAAAGAUAUAUUUAGAUUUCUUUUCCACAUCUAAGUAUUUAGAGGUGACCAGCUUCGUGUAUAGCUUUUAAGAUACGGAUUUUAGAUGGAAGUCUAUUUGUUAUCAGAUAAAAAUAUCAGGGUUUUAAGUCUCUCUUAAUGCAACAGUAACAAUAAAGCAGUAUUAAAUAAUGGUAUAUAGAUUUAUGUACAUUAAAAUUUUUUAUAAACACCUGGAAAUAGUAAGAUUAUUCAUUUUCUUUUUUUUUUUUUUUUUUUUCUCCCUUUACUUGCAGAUUACCAUAGGAGAGUACUAAAACCCUGGUAAACGUAAAAUUAUCUGAUGGCAUUUGACAUGCUUAUUUUUAUGGAAAUAUUCAGGCUUUUAAAAACUGCAGUAAUGUUGGCUGCAGUUGGUAUUAUCUUGGUAUUUUUUUAACAAGGAGUAGACGAAAAUGAAAACGCUUUUAGAAAAUUCACUUUCUGUGUUUAAGGAUAUUGCAGCUUUAUUGACAUAUUUAUAUUGUCUUGUUUUUAAAUUGGGGGGGAAACUUGAAAGAAUAGGCACAUAACUUUUUUUUUUGAACUUUUUUUUUUGCCUAUUAAGGCCAAAAAUAUUUCCAGGGAGGCUUUAUGCGUACUAAGGGAAGCAGUGUGUUGAAUGUAAAUAUUUAUUUAUGUGUAAUUUAAUCGGAUUUGUAAAUAAUGGUGAACUUUUUAAUACUUUUUUUUUUUUUAUAAAUGGGUUUCAAAUUUUAAUUUUGGUAAGUAUUUCAAAGGUAAUGGGUAAGCUAAACAUAUCUUUAGGUUUAUGCACAGGUAUGUUAUACAGGGUAUUUAAGACUUGUUUUUUAAAAAAUAUCUCAAUUCUUGCCACUGAAGAUUAAAUCUAAUCUGAGGUGUAUGUUCACAAAGCAAUAAUUUUGUGCAUCAUUCACCUGAUAACUGACUAGACAUGCAAAAUGAGUGUGUGAGUUAGUGUGUAUGUGAAUAAUGGAGGUUCUGAACUAUCUUUACAUAUUUGUAAAUGUUCCCAAUAUAAUUCUGAUGUAUAUGAUAACCAUAUAAUAAAAAUAUUCUGGAUAGAA